GGAAUUGUUGUUAUCCGGUUUGCGUUUUUCAAAUGGAAAGUAUGGUGACUUGAGACCUGUGUAAAGAAUUUAGUCAUACUUUUGUCUGUGGACGAUGAUGCCGCAAUGCCUAAACGUCUUUAUUUUGCUAGUACUGAUCAAGGCUAGUGUAUGUUUAAAAAACUGCACAUCAGAACAAUAUUGGAACAAAUCAGCCGAAGAAUGCCAGGCCUGCUCGCAUUGUCAGCUUCCACAAAUCACCAGAAUACCUUGUAACCGAGAAUCAGAUGUAGUCUGUAUGCAGUUGAAGAAACUUAAUUUUAGCUUUUUAGUGGAUUCAUCUCCAGUUGUGACACCUCGACAGCCGUUUCACAAGAGAGAUUAUUUGUCAGUAGAAGCUUCCAAUGACACGUGGCGAUUGCUGGCCUAUGCCCUGAUUGGUGUACUCUGUGUCCUGGUGGUGACUGUGGUGGUCAGUCUCCUUGUGUCUUGGCAUUGCAUCAGGAAGAGAAAGGCAGCUAUGAACAGAUACUAUGUGGAGGGAGAGGGAGAGUAUGUGGUAAUUAGUCGCCUCCCAGAUCUCAUCAACCACCCCCCACUCACAGAAAAUCUCCCAGGAUCCCCUCCCCACAGUCCUCAAAGGCGCUCUUCUAGACGCUCUCGUUUUUAUCGCAGUCGACGGAUUUAUCGCCCGCAGCGACGUCUCAUGAACGAAUAUGUGGAUGAUGUGUUUGAAUCUGAGGACUCAGGAGGAUCGCGUUCUCUAAGAAUCCCCCUCCAUACAAUUCCAGAAGAUAGCUGAAAGUAUAGUUCUUUUGUCAAGAGUUUUUUUUUAGAAAUCUGUUUUAUAAAUACUUUAUUAAAUCAAGUAAGAAAGGUUAUUUCCCUUUCAUCACUUUUUCACCUCAGUAAACAGAUUUGGUAAAAAUUUAGCAUCGCUUACAAUUCAUGAUUUUCAUUUUUAAAGUUAGAUUUAUGACUUUAAAAAACACUGAAAAACACUAAGGUUUUAUGUUGACUUGUCUUUGCAAAUGUUAAAUAAGACGCCAAAACAUGAGUGCUAAUGUAACAACUUCUGACGAUAUGAUAUACUAAUACCAGGUACUGUUUAAUAGUAUCAAUAAUCUUUUUAAAGUGUACUUUGCUAUAUCCAUGAUCUCAAAUGAUUUAAACCUGUAAAAUUAGAGUUGUAUGACCUGUUAGAAUUAUGCAUAAAAAUGUGAAAAGGUAAAAUUAUGGUACAUGUAUAUGUUCAUGUACAUAUCCAUGUUAUAUAUGGUGAAAUUAUUUUUGUACAGUGCUUUAUAUUGCUAAAAUUCCAGGAAGUGAAAAAUGAUUACCCAGUAAUCAAUUAUGGUGAGAACAUGUACAUGUACUUAUGUACAUGAUGUGCAAGUCUAAUGAUUUCAAAUCCAAAUAGUGCUGGGUUUUUUUUCAACCAAGUAAUGUUACACUACUGUCAUUUCAAGAGGUAUUUGACAUGUAAUUUAAUUACAUACUGUUGUUGUGGUGUUGGAUUUCCCCUCCAAAAUAAUUAUCUAUGGAAAACUGGCGAUAGAGAUAAAUUGGCUCAAGAGUUGAAGAGCCCCCUGGUAAAAUUAUGCAAGAGUAAGAGUUAAAAAACGACAACUAAUUUUUAAAGAAAAUAAAUGUUUAAAAUUUCCAUUGGAGGAAAAUAUCACACCAAACUAAUUAAACUAAUCCUUUUGCAAUUUUUUAAAAAAUAUUUUUGAUGCUGAUAGACCCAUAAAGAAGUAAGCUUUGAUCAAAUCAAAUGACUUCAUACCAAGUUGACUUUCAUCCAAAAGAGUUCCAGCAUAACUGAUAAUGACCCCAAUUUUUACAGCUUUUUUUUUUAGGCUAAAUGAAGAAGAUAGCUAGCAAUUUAAUUAAGUCUCAUUUGCCCUUGAUAUUGAGUCUUAAAGGGAAAACGGAUUAUGGAAAAAUCCUACUCUACAACACAAGUAGUUGAUUAUUACUGCUAGUAUAAGCUGUCAAUUUGUUCACUGUGAACCUGUAUGUCAAACAUGAUUGUCAAAGAAACUACAAUCAUUUUAAAAAAAACACCUUUUAUGAUAAUUUUUAUGACAUGGUGCAUACUUAAGUCAUGCAGUCAAUACCCACUACUACAUUGUAUGUGCUGGUUAAUCUAGUCAGUGACUUAAGCAAAUGUCUGCUGAAAUCAUUAUUGUUGUACCAAAGUGUGUUCAUAUUCUAUAACUUUUAUGUUGCAAUAUUUUGUUAUGGCAGUGUCUUGAACUUGUGUGUUCUGCAUAAUGGAGCAAGCUUAACCUUAUGCGUUUAUGUGCUUUAGCUUUAAUUUGGACUUUAAAUGAUCUCCGAGAUAACCUAGAUUUUAGUUUGGCUUUGCUUUUUGUUGGUGCCUUGUACCGAUGUUAUGCAUGUAUUAUAUACAUUUCAUUUUCCUCGUUAUUAUGGUCUUAAAACCUUUAGCUUGUUGUUUUGGUUUUUUUUAGUUUCAUUUGUACAUCUGAUGGUUGUUUUACAAGAACUGGUUUUAUUCAGAUAUUGCGGUUGUGUAUUCAUUAUUACUUUUCUUCAAGCAAAUAUGGCAUAAUUUUCUGUAUUUACCUUUUCCAAUGCUCGUUCAUGUAUCUGAAUUAUAUAAAAGUUUUCACUUUAAAUUGUUUCCUUCCAAAAUGGUUUGCAUUUACUGUGUCAAAUUUUUUUUCUCGGUUGAAAGCUUUGUUUAAAUCUUCUGUCAUGUUGUAAAUUUUGUAUUUACUGCCACCCGGUAAAUUCAAAAUUUACAACAUGACACUUCAAAGGAGUUUCUAUUUGUUCUCUCUGGCUAGACGAUAUCAGGUUUUAUUAAUUUUUUUUUAUACUGCAUUCAAGUAGCAAUGCAGUGAACAACCAUUUGUAGUGGUGAAUAUUUGCAUACGUCGCGCUAUUUUUUACAUUCAUUUUAAAAUUUUGUGUUGUUUCUAGCUGUUGAAUUUUAUUGUUCAAUAAAAAGUUUAAAAUACUGUC